AUUUCAAUUCUGCACUGGGCUUACGCGUGUUAGGGUUAACCUUUACACCUACAUACAUUUCACAUUUGAGUUGUCGAUUUCCCGUGGAGUGGAGAGGUGAAAGAAAUCUUUUGAGAUCAAGCAACUCCAAUUUAAUCCAAAGCUCCAAGUUUGUACAGAGGUUUUCGAAUCCCUGGAAGCAGAGGGCGGAAGAUAGAGCAGUGGUCGUCCGUCGCUCGAAUGGCUGUAGUGGAGGAUUAUUUGGUGUGGCAAUGCUGCUGAAGAUGCUUCGAGGCUAACUCGCUUGUUGGCAAGGACGCAGUUGGGGGGCACUGCAUUGCCCUGGUUCUGGCUCUGCAUUUCCAUAAAAUACAAGCUGCCUUGCCUCAAUACAACUCACCUUGUGUCAAUUUUGAAUUCCCUCACCUGACUUUGUGAAAUCCAAGACAAAUAAUUUCAUGCCAAAAUCAUGGAGGCUGUAGAUACUGUUGUACAACCCUUGAAGGAGUUUGCUAAAGAUAGCAUCAGACUUGUGAAAAGAUGUCACAAGCCAGAUCGAAAAGAGUUCAGUAAAGUGGCAUUCAGGACUGCUAUCGGUUUUGUUGUGAUGGGCUUUGUUGGGUUCUUUGUGAAAUUGAUUUUCAUUCCAAUUAACAACAUCAUUGUUGGAUCUGGCUAGGGAUUCAAGCAAAUGAUGAUGGGGCCUGGCAUGGUCAUCCUUGGUUGGACAAGAUUGCUUCAUGUAGUCUAUAUUUUAUAAUGCCAGAUUUCUUUUGUUUUCCCCAUGUAUUCCAUCGGUACAAUGAUUUUUCUCUACUUGUUAGAAUGUUAAAGACCAUGUAACUAAGAUAUCUUUGGUUGGUGUUUCACUUGAAACCUCUAUAAACAUGGUUUAUAUAGUGAUUUCAUAUAGAGAAAUAAUGUAAAAUGUUUGCUUAUUUGUGGUUAGAAUAUUUUCGAGUGGAAUAAUUUGCGUACUCUUUUGAGUAUUUAUGUACUUUUGGCAGAUAUUUAAUCCUUAACAGAGUUAUUACAAUCAACCUCUUUUCAUGCA